GGUUUUUGAAUUAAAAACUAAAGUCUUUCUGUAGGAUGAUUUGACUCCUACUGGCGAUUGAACUUUAAUCAAUCCUUUAACGGCUCAUACUCACCUUUUAAUGUUUUUAUCUAUUGGUCUUGUUCCACAAAUUUAGGGCUGGAUUCAAGCUAGGGCUCGAUUGCCAACUCGGCUUCCGUUUACCAUGGGAUUUCGGUGGGAUAGGCAGUGGAUGGUAGUUAAUCACAAAGGCAGGGCAUUUACUCAAAGAAAUGAACCUAAACUCUCUCUGGUAGAGAUUGAGCUUCCAAAGGAGGUAUUUUUAGAAGGAUGGGAACCUACUGGGAGCUCAUACAUGGUAAUAAAGGCUCCAGGGAUGGAUGCGCUUAGGAUUUCUCUGAGUAAGCCACAUGUUGUAACAGAUGGUUCAGUGUGGGAGUGGUCUGGCUCUGCAUUGGAUGAAGGAGCUGAAGCAGCAAACUGGUUUACAAAAUUUCUUGGGAAAACUAGCCGGCUAGCUCGUUUUAAUGCAGCAUCAGAAACUAGGCCUGUGGAUCCAGAAUAUGCCCGGGGACACAAAACAAUGUUCUCCGACGGAUUUCCAUUUAUGCUUUUGUCUCAGGGAUCUUUGGAUGCACUAAAUAAGCUCCUCAAUGAGCCUGUUCCAAUCAACCGUUUUAGACCCAACAUCCUUGUUGAUGGUUGUGAGCCAUUUUCUGAGGACUUAUGGACUGAGAUUCGGAUUAACAAAUUCACAUUUGAAGGUGUCAAGUUAUGCUCCCGCUGUAAGAUACCAACUAUAAAUCAGGACACAGGGAUUGCCGGGUCUGAACCAAAUGAAACUCUGAUGAAAUUUAGAUCAGACAAAGUGCUGCGCCCGAAUCAAAAGCAGCAGCGAAAGAUUUACUUUGGCCAAAACUUAGUCUGGAAGGACAGCCUCACUGCAGGAAAGGGAAAUGUUGUCAAAGUUGGGGAUCCUGUUUUCGUCCUCAGGAAAGUCUCAUCUGCUGCAGAAGCAGCAGCCUGAACUGUGUCUAGUUUUAGUUGUGUUUUAUAGAGUAAUACUAUAAGUACAAAGUCCGCAGAUCUUGUCUUGAUCCGGAAACAGCAGCUUAUAUCUUAGUGAAUAAAUAAUUUUAUUGGUACCAGUUACCAAUCACAUUGUAUUCUUGUAAUUUCGAAAUAAUGUUAUUGUCUUGAACUGCAGCAA